CGGGCACGCACGACGCGCUCCUAGUUUCGCCCGGGACAGUAGAUCCGUCGUUUAUCGGGGACCCAUCGUUCUCAGCCUUCUCCGCGAAUCAUGCUCAGGCUAUUGAUCCCAUGCCUGAUAUGGCUGUCCAGCGUCCGCUCGGAGAUGUCGGCGCAGAUGCUGGAUGGCAUGGUGGAGGAGAACGGGGCCAUGACGGAGGCAAUGAUGGUGAAGCCGAAACGGGAGUCCUACCAUAACCCGUGCCCGCCCGUGUACUCUCAUCCGAUCUCGUACUCGCCGCCGCCGCAGAUUUACGUGAAACCGGUGGUCCAUCAGGCACCGAUGCCGGUCUACCAUCAGCCGAUACAGGUGGUCCAGAAGCCGAUGAUCACGUACGUGAAGCCAGCACCGCCCCCUGUAAUAGUGAAGCCGGUGGUCCAGCCGGUGGUCCAGCCGAAGGUUGUGCUGCCCGUCUACCAGAAACCGAUGAUCUCGUACGCGCCGGUCUACCAGAAGCCCGUCUACUACGCGCCCAUGGUGCAGAAGGUGAUGUACGAGCAGCCGAAGGUCCUGCUGAAGAAGUACGAGGUGCCGAUCACCCAGGUGAUCCAGAAGCCCCAGAUCAGCUACCCGGUCCAGUAUCAUCAGCCGAAGCUGGUCCACGUGCCGCCGCCGCAGCUGAACUACGUGAAAAUCUCGCAGCCGGUCGUCCACCCUCAGCCGGUAUUUCAGUCGCCGGUGAAACCGUGGUGCCCGUAGGAUCGGUCCGUGGAUCGGACAGCACGGUGCCAGCACAGCGGCGAUCCAGUGGAUCGAUCGUCGAUGUUCGAACGAUCUGGAAAAGCGGCAACGAUCCGAGGUUCUCGCGCGCGGGGCUUGUUUCGUCGAACGGGAUCGGCCACGACGCGGCUAUCAUCACCCGGCCACGAUGCAUCGUAGUCAUGCGUAUUUUAGCGAGUCCACUCGUUUCGCAGGUUGUACAAUAAAACAAGAAACAAAAAGGA